AUAAACGAAUUAGAAUGAAUAGAGGGAGUAAAGAACAAGGCCAAUUUAGCUGUCUUCUUAGUGUAUGUUCCAUUAACAUAACAAAAUCAACUCCUCUCAUUUCAGAUCACAAAGAAGUGAAGACAUAAACUCAUCUCUUCUCUUUUUGUAAAUAUGGCAACCGAUACCGAACCAAAGAAGAUCAUAAUCGAUACCGACCCUGGAAUCGAUGAUGCUAUGGCAAUAUUCCUUGCUCUACGUUCACCUGAGAUACAAGUUAUUGGACUCACAACUAUCUAUGGCAAUGUAUACACCACUCUGGCAACGAGGAAUGCCUUGCAUUUGUUGGAGGUUGCAGGGAGAACUGAUAUACCAGUGGCUGAAGGAUCUCAUGUGACAUUAACUAAAGGAGCAAAACUUCGUAUUGCAGAUUUUGUCCAUGGUGCAGAUGGACUUGGCAACCAAAAUUUCCCUCCACCAAAGGGGAAGCCCCUUGAAGAAUCAGCUGCUACUUUUUUGGUUAAUCAAGCAAAAGCUAACCCUGGCAAAGUCACCGUCGUGGCAUUGGGCCCACUUACAAAUAUUGCUUUGGCUAUACAGAUGGAUCCGGAAUUCACUAAGAACAUUGAGCAGAUUGUCCUACUUGGUGGUGCUUUUGCAGUAAAUGGCAAUGUGAAUCCAGCAUCUGAAGCCAACAUAUUUGGUGAUCCAGAUGCUGCAGACAUUGUAUUCACAAGUGGGGCAGAUGUACUUGCAGUCGGGAUAAAUGUUACACACCAAGUUGUUUUGACAAGUUCUGAUCGAGAAAAGUUGGCUAGUUCAAAUGGAAAAUUUGCUCAAUACUUGACCAAAAUCUUAGAUGUGUAUUUUUCUUACCAUCAUGAGGCAUACAACACCAAAGGGGUUUACCUUCAUGACCCAGCAACACUUCUUGUUGCUAUUGAUCCUUCACUUGUAACUUGCAUGGAGGGUAUUGUUAGAGUCCAAACAAGUGGCAUUACAAGGGGACUCACAAUGCUCUACAAUAAACAGAAAAGGUUUGGUGAAAUCAAUGAAUGGUCCAAUAAGCCAACAGUAAAGGUAGCUGUUACAGUUGAUGCUCCAAGAGUUGUCAAAUUGGUCAUGGAUCGUCUUAUGGACUCUUGAAGUAGCUACUAUGAAGUGUUCAAAUGGCACCAUUAUUAGUCUCGUCUAUGUACAUUGAAAUAGCACUAAAAAAGCUGUUUCGUUAAAUUUCUGUUUUAAAAUGCUCUUGAGCUGCAUUUCAUUUCAACUUCAAUGAGAGAGAAAAAACUAUGUUGCUUCAUUUUCCUUCACUAAUUAAAUUUUCAUUCUUAUUCCAAAUAUCAUACAAGGAAUGUAACUAACACUGUUUUAACACCCUUAAUUAUUGACUAGAAUUU